UUCAUUUUCAAAUUAUAUAAAAAUUUCAAUUUUGUUGACAAAUAUCCAAAUUAAUUUUCAAAAUAUUCACCCUUCCCUCCUCCUCAUCAUAGAAGGAGGGAAACCGAAAUUUUGAAACCCAUUUUUUAGACUUAUAGACUAUGAAGCACGGACACUGACACGUUGACACCGAUAAUAAUUUGAAAAAAUGACACAAUUCAAUGUAAUUAUAAGUGUCGGUGUCGUGUCGGUGUUUGACACCGACGCCUAUCCGACACCGAGACACGCCUAAUCCAAGGAGUGUUUAUGAAUAAUCAUUCUUUUUUCCUUAAAAAAAACCCAUUCUUUUCGUAUUCUCGACAUAUCAUUUUUCACUUAACUUCAAAACCCAUUUUGUUAUUCUCUUCUCUCUGAAAACCCUAAAAUCUCUUCUCUUCUCAACAAUGGAAAUUGGUUCUUCUUCGGUGCAAUUGAAUGUGAACGAGGUUGAUGUCAACGGACAGAAAUUGAAUCGGAAAAACAAAUGUGGAGCCCGUGCUGUUAGAAACAGAAUCUAUGAUCCUGAAAAUGGCACAAGUUGUCACCAGUGCCGACAAAAAAGAAAUGUUUUUUGUGCUGCUUGUAAGAAUCCAGUAGCUGGGAAGCCUUGCCUCCUUAAGUUCUGCCACAGCUGCCUCAAGAAUAGAUAUGGAGAAAUAGCACAAGAGGUAGAUCUGUUGAGUGACUGGAUGUGUCCUAAAUGCCGUGGCAUUUGUAACUGCAGUAUCUGCAUGAAACAAAGGGGUCAACAACCCACUGGUCGACUAGUUCGUAAAUCCAAGGCCCGCAGUUUUACCUCUGUUUCUGAAAUGCUAUGUAAGGAGUCUUCUGAAGGCUUGGAACUGAACAAUGCAGCUGAUUUGCCGAUUAAGGAACAUACUUCAGAAAAGGAGCUUGUAGCGGGCCUAUCAGGGGAACCUGAUGGAAUUAAUGCUUUAAAGGAUGAACAUGUGAAAUCCAAAAAAGUGAAGCGGGAAAUUAAGGAAGAAAUUCCUUUUCCCACUUGCACGGAGUUGACAACAAUACUGGACAUCGAGUUCACACAAGAAGAUGUCGGGAAUGUUUUGCAGUUUCUAGAAUUCUGUAGAAUAUUUGAAAAGGCUCUUGAUAUCAAGAAAGAAGAACCCGGAGCUAUUUUAAGGGCUUUGCGAAGUGGACAAAACACCUUAGUGGUUGAGUUCCAAACGAAGCUAUUAAAUUUGAUAGAUUCAGAACUUGAGUCUUCACCCAAAACUGCAAGUGAUGGAAAAAAUUCAUGGCUGAAGGUUCUGGAGGAGUUAACUAUUGCAUCUGAUCUUGUGCUAAAAGACUUUCCGGUUGAUUGGCUUAAAAAAGGCAAUAGUGGAUAUUGCGAUUUGGACAUGUCGAACAAGCUCAGCCUUCUGAACUUUAUCUGCGAUGAAGCUCUGGGCACACCGAAGCUAAGGAAGUAUAUGGAUGAACAAAAUGAAAUAUUUGCUGAAGAAAAGAAAGCAGCAAAAACAAAGGUUGCUGAAGCUAAGGAAAAGGAAAGAAGUCUUAAACAGAAGUUAAAAGAUGAGAUAGCAAAACCUGUGAUAUCAAAUGAGGAUAGCCUCUCAAAUUCAGCACAUGCUGCUCUACUUGCAAAGAUUAAGAGUGAAGCAGCUGAAGCUCGCGCGGAGUUGAUUGGGGCAAAGGGCACAAUGCCUAAACGGAACCAAUGUUGUGAGACAUUGAGAAUUGAGCGUGAGUACUUAAAUAACAAUGGCAAGGCAUUAUGGAAACUAAGAAGCUAUAAUGAUGAUGUUUUCUUGUUACAAGAUGUGAAGAUCAAUGAUGAAGAUGCUUCUGAAGUUGACGAAAAAUGGUUUGUGUAUGCGCCAGAGCAGAAGGAAGAGGUUAACAAGUAUAUUUCUUCUAGGAGAGUUUGAUUACCAAUUACAUGAUAGGGUUAUUUAAAGCUUGUAAAUGUAAGAAGGGUUCCAAUCUUUUGGUGAUGGAGACAAGGGUCCUUAGUUUUCAAUGUAAUUAGUUUCAAUUUGUAGCUGUGGUUUCUAUUAUUUUACUGUAAUUUUUGAAAUAAUUAGGAUGUUGAUUGACCAAAUAUGGAGGUGUAAUGUUUUUCAAUCAACAUUGGUUGCCAUUAAAAUUUUAUUAUAUUGCUGGUUUCUCUUUGCACGAUGAUUCCAUUUUGGCUAGCCAAAAUAUAA